GGUUAUUGACAUCGCGUGAGGCUUGAGCCCCGCGUCCACUAAUCAGAGGAAGCCAACUUACUUGACUCGUCAACAAUCGCACAAUCGCAGUCCAUACCAAUACCGCAACACCGGUAACUUGGUGGUGACCUUUGCUGCCUCCAAGCAAGGCCGGGCCCUUUGUCAAUCAUCUCAAUGCAGGUUUCCCUCCAGCAAUUGAUCCCACUUGCUCCAUCCACACUUGUCCGCUAGCAAUGGCUUUGCUCUUUGCUGCCUACAAACAUGAACCUUCUCACACCACACAUAUAUAUAUAUAUAUAUAUAUAUACAUACACAUCGGCCUGGUCACAGUGAGAGCAUAGACCCAUUUCUCCGUGACUUGUGUGUUUUGCAGGGCUCUUCAUCUCGAUCAUAUUAGCUUUAGUUAUCAUGCCAUUUCCAUAUCGGUAUAUAUGCGAUUUACUUCAACAGCUCGAUGACGAAGGACGUAAAGCUCCUGGGAAACAAGUGCACCCUGAUUCGAUCGUCACUUCUUGGUUCCAGCAGCACCGUUGUCUGAUUAAUGCGCCAGAAAGCGAUAUUUGUGCCAUCCUCUCUACGUUGUUACCCGAGAGAAGGACGGACCGAGUCUACAACAUCCAGGCCCCGAAGCUGCAGAGUAUUUUCGGCAAGGCUUUGUUGUUAGGCGCAUCGCGGGUGUUGGAACUUCGACGAUGGUCCGAAUCUGGUACUAAUCUAGAUCUUGCCGAUUGUGUUGAGGCUGCAUUACGUCAGACGCCUAAUUCUCGCGAUGAUACAACCCACCUUACCGUGGAAGAAAUUGAUGAAACAUUAGGCCGCGUAGCGGCAGCUUGCAGGUUCAGCUCACCUGCUGUUAGAGCCCUACAUCAAGCAUCUAACCUACGUGAUCUUAAUGCUCUAUUGGCUGAUAUCUAUACUCGCCUUGGCUCGCGUGAUGCGAAAUGGUUUACAAGAUUAGUCUUGAAGAACUACCGUCCCGUAGAGCUGAAUGAGCAUGUGGUCUUCCGCAGUUAUCACCCACUUUUGCCUCAGAUGAUGAAAAUUAGAGACGACCUUGCCGCCGCCACUGCAUACGUGCGACACAUUGACGAGACACGCGAUGCGCCAGAGACAAUUGCAAGCAUACUAAAACCACGCCUUGGAACAAAGGUCGGGAGACAGCCAUGGCUCAAAGGAAGAAGCAUCAAGCAUUGCAUGGAUAUGGCACAGGGGCGGGAGGUCUUAUGCGAGCAAAAAAUCGACGGGGAGUACUGUCAGAUUCAUAUCGACCUUCAGAAGCCUCGCGAUUGCAUCCGGAUCUUCUCCAAGAGCGGUAAAGAUAGCACUGCUGAUCGUAUCGGCUUGCACAAGUCUAUACUUGAAUCUCUGAAGAUAGGACAUGCAGAUUGUCAACUCGCCAAAGGCUGUAUCCUGGAAGGAGAACUCGUGGUAUAUAGUACCAAGGAUAACAAAAUUCUCCCAUUCCAUAAGAUACGCAAACACGUUUCCCGCUCCGGUUCAUUCUUAGGCACUGCCAAUGACUCACAGGCGCAUGGAUACGAGCACCUCAUGAUCAUAUACUAUGAUGUGCUUCUCAUUGACGAUGAAUCGUUACUAGGCAUAAAGAAUAGUGAGCGGUUUCGACGGCUAAGCAAACUAAUCACUUGUCAAAAGGGAUAUGCAGAACUUGUACCACGGAACACCAUCCAUACUUCCCGGGCCUCAGCCGUGCCAGCACUACGCGAUCUCUUUGCCCAAUGCAUAUCCUCUCGUGGGGAAGGAUUAGUAUUGAAGCCAGACGAACCCUAUUUCGAUUUUAGUGGAAGAACGAGGCGUUAUGGUUGCUUCAAUAUUAAGCUGAAAAAGGAGUACAUCCAAGGAUGGGGGGAUGUCGGAGACUUCGCAGUCAUUGGGGCAUCAUACGAUGCUGCAAAGGCAAAAGAGUAUAGAAUGCCCAACGUGAGAUGGACCCAUUUUUUCAUAGGGUGCUUGGAAAACAGCAACCAAGUGAGGGUGAAAACGGAGAUGCCUCGGUUUCGUGUAACGAACGUCGUUGAGCUUACCGGGCCGAUAUUAUCAGCAUUCUGGGCUCAGGGAAGGCCAUUAACGGUACCAUACAAGGAAAACAGCUUCAUUGAGCUUGACUAUAGCGGAAGCGCGCUGCCAAAGAAACCAACGGUUGUAUUCCCAACCCCCCUGGUCUUUGAUAUGCGAUGUUUUGCCUUCGAUCGGGAACCGAACACCGACUUUUGGAGUAUGCGAUUUCCGCAGGUUGCCAAGGUUCAUCAUGAUAGAUCCUAUUUGGAUACUAUCACUUUUUCGGAAUUGCAGAACAUAGCGGAGGCGGCAACUCAUGUUCCGGAAGAGGAGGAUAGCCAGGAGAUGCGUCAAUGGGUGAAAGCGCUUGAAAAGAUGGAUCGAGGAAAGUUCAUCGCAGAUACACUGAGUCAAGCGACUACGUGUUCUGAUACGACCUAUUCAUCUUCAUCGUCAACACCAUCCAGGUAUAAUAUAGAGGACUCCAGACGUGAUAUACUCAUACCGCCGGCGUCUUCGGCUGUAGAAACCGGGUUGUCUUCAGCAGAACCUGAAACUAAUCGUUUGGUACUGUCAGCUUCGAAAGUAGUAAAAAGACCAAUUGCUGAACAGACACAGCCAGGCUGCGUCGCAAAGCGGACUCGAAGACAAUCGGGUGCUUCAUCAAUGCAUUCGUCACAACAGAAUGCUACGACAGGCUCAGCGUCAUCUCGCACGCGACAUCGGGAACCGCUCAGCCAAGUAGACCCGAAUGCUUCUGAGAACCUGCGUACAGGAUCACAAAAUUCUCCAUCUAGCUUGCCCCUAACGGAUUCAAUGCAAGAAGAUGCCGAUCUCUGCGCUGGAAAAACUGGUGCAUCCUCACCCAUUGCAUAUUACACUGCUUCGGAAAUGAUGUCCUCAUCGCCAGGUAGGGUCUCCCGGACUCAACGAAGCUCAGUGACAACUCGGACGCAAAGCAAGCCAAGCGAGUCGAACGCUCCAUGCUGCUCUAUUGCCUCACAUGAAUGCGCUCUUGCUAGCUGCUCCGUCUUGCUAUCCCCAUGUAUAUCCAGUUAUGCAUGGAUUACAGAUGAUCUGCUAAAAAGCCACGGUAUCGUUGACCCGCUCCUCGAUCCGCGAGUGUGGCACAGCAUGGAUUCACGGGCGAGCAGUUAUAGAAGCACAGGCAGCUUUAGAUGUGACUCGACACCCAGAGCCACCCCUGGCAGAAGAUAUCGCAAGAUCUGUCUGGUCGAAUCAAGACGAAAAGAAGCAACUCAGGCUUUCCUCCAGAAGAUCAAGGACGCUGACCUGAGAAGAAAAGAUGGCGAACGGGAAUGGGUUGCUGUGUACGACUGGAGGGUUUUAGAAACUAUUACAGAGCAGGAAUUGCAGGAGAAGCCAGGAAGGGGUACAGACCCUUGGCGACGAUUUUACGUGGGGCUGAUAUAAUGAAUCGGUUGCGUUGCUCUUUUGAACUGCAUUACUGGCGCACUGCAUUGAGAUACCAUGGCAUAGCGAAUGGCACUGGGUUGAUGUUUAGUUAUCGCUUCUACUAUAGAUAUAUGGCUGCGGAUAGAGAUGGACCUAGUCGAGGUGUCCUUGCGCUGUUAUUUAUUUAUUUAUUUUUUUUACCCAGCAUUCGCUAUAUUCUCAACAGAAAUACUUUGA